AAUAAACAGAGAAACAUACCAAUGGAGAAGAAAGCUCAUGUGGCGGCAUUUCCGUUCCCAUUCGGCUCCCACCCGACCGCCCUUCUCCACCUAGUGCAGCGGCUGGCCACCGCCGCACCCACCGUUCAGUUUUCGUACUUCAACACCACAUUAUCAAACCAGAAGGUUUUUUCAAAGAUGAAUUCGAAUGGAUACGACAAUGUAAGGUCUUAUAAUAUAGAUGACGGCGUGCCAGAGGGGCAUGUGUUCUCUGGCAAUCCUGUCGAGGUCAUUGAGCUUUUCAUCAAAGCCACACCGUUGAAUUUUAGGAAGCGUUUAGAGGAGGUGGUGGAAGCGACGGGAUUGAAGGUCACUUGCUUGUUGACGGACGCUUUUUUGGGGUUUUCCGCGGAUAUGGCUGAGGAAAUGGGGAUUCCUUGGGUGGCGUUUUGGACCGCCGGCCCGACGGCUCUUUCCCUGCAUAUGUACUCCGAUCUGAUCCACCGCAAUUUGAGGCUAACUGAUAGAACACAAAAUUCAGACCAAACACUUGAUUUUCUUCCGGUGAUGUCAACAAUACAUGCUAGUGAUUUACCUCAUGAAUUCCUAAGCUUCGACAAACCAGACAGACCAUUCACAAGCUUACUUCAAACCAUGGGACUGAUAGUACCGCGUGCUUUGGCUGUGGUUCUCAACUCUUUCGAUGGAAUUGAUCCUCUUGUGACGGCUGAUCUGAAGUCCAAGCUGCAGAAAGUUCUCAAUAUCGGCCCAUUCUCUGUGCCGCUGAGCAAAGAUGAGGAUGGGUGUCUAUCAUGGCUGAACCGCCACAAAGCGGCCUCAGUAGCUUACAUUAGCUUUGGUAGUAUGUUGACACCGCCACCAGAUGAGCUGGCGGCACUAGCCGAGGCAUUAGAAGAGAAAAAAGUUCCUUAUCUUUGGUCAUUUAAGGAAAAUUUAAAAGGCCACCUACUAGAUGGGUUCUUUGAAAGAACAAGCUCAAUAGGAAAAGUUGUGGCAUGGGCUCCCCAAUCACAAAUCUUGGCUCAUUCUUCAGUUGGGGUGUUUAUAACGCACUGCGGGUGGAAUUCGGUGGUGGAGAGCAUCACCGGUGGUGUUCCUAUGAUUUGUAGGCCAUUCUUCGGCGAUCAAAUGAUAAACCGGCGGAUCUUGGCCGACAUGUGGCAGAUUGGCGUUGGCUUGGAGAGUGAUGUUUUUAAGAAAGCUUGUACUAUGAAUGCUUUGGAUAUUGUUUUGUCGAAGGAAAAUGGGAAUAAAAUGAGAGAAAACAUUGGCGUUUUCAAAGAAAGUGCUACCAAGGCUAUCGCACCCAAUGGAAGCUCAACUGAAAAUUUUAAAUCUUUGAUAGAUAUAGUUAGUUAAUAUUUCUUAUUAGAAAUGUUGAGAGUUCAUAUUUUUCUAGUAUUCAAGAAAUCUAUAACGAUAAUUUGUGGAUUUGAGCAACUGAUUGCUACUA